AUGGAUUGGGAAAAUCGACGCGAGUCAGGCAGGGCGAGAGGGCUACGUCAAUGUCAAGGGCCCGCCAAGAAGCUUAGGAGCAGUUCCACAAUACACCACAACGUGGUGCAUACCGUUGCCUACGCUCAACUCGUUAUCUUUCCAGCAUUUUACGAGUACAACUCUCAUUCUCAAACACAUUCCACCUCAACAUCGCCCAUCGUGGAGGCAGCAUCGGCGAGAUACGCGGCGCGGGACCGCUGGGUUCACGACGGACCUCCUCCCCAAACCCCACUGCAGCGCUACAUUCACAAUGCCUGUGACCCACAAAACUUCGAGCCAAACCUGGCCCUCAAUCUUGAGAUCGCCGACCUGAUCAAUGCUAAGAAGGGCAAUGCUCCUCGCGAAGCUGCCGUCGCCAUUGUGCAAUACGUUAAUCACCGCAAUCCCAAUGUCUCCAUGCUCGCCUUGACCCUGCUCGACAUCUGUGUCAAGAACUGUGGCUAUGCUUUCCACCUUCAGAUAAGCACAAAGGACUUCCUGAACGAGCUCGUCCGUCGCUUUCCCGAACGUCCCCCUAUGCGCGUCUCUCGUGUUCAAAACCGCAUUCUCGAGCUUAUCGAAGAAUGGCGGUCCACCAUCUGCGUUACCUCGAAGUACAGGGAGGAUCUGGGCUUCAUCCGCGAUAUGCACCGUCUGCUGAGCUACAAGGGCUACACUUUCCCCGAAGUCAAGAGGGAGGAUGCCGCUGUACUCAAUCCCACCAAUGAUCUUAGAUCAGCCGAAGAGAUGGAAGAGGAGGAACGCGCCGCUCAGUCUGCAAAACUGCAGGAGCUCAUCCGCAGGGGUACUCCUCAUGAUUUGCAGGAGGCCAACAAACUUAUGAAGAUUAUGGCUGGAUAUGACACUCGCCGCAAGACUGACUACCGCGCAAAGGCCGCUGAGGAGGUUGCUAAGGUUCAGCAAAAGGCAAGGCUGCUAGAGGAAAUGUUGCAGGGCUACAAGCCGGGCGACGAGAUCAAAGAAGGCGAUGUGUUUGAAGAACUCGCAAACGCCUUGGCCAGUGCGCAUCCCAAGAUCCAGAAGAUGUGCGAGGAAGAAUCCGAGGACCACGAAGCUGUCGCAAAGCUGUUUGAGAUCAACGACAGCAUACACCGUACAAGCGAGAGAUACAAGCUGAUCAAGAAGGGUGAUCUCGAGGGCGCCAACAGGAUCGCUGCUGGCACUCUGGGCAUCAGCGGUGCUGGUGUCAAGAGCGGACCCAACAACGAGUUGUCGCUGAUCGAUUUCGGUGGUCCAGAAGAAGAAGAGGCUGCUCAGCCUGCUCAAUCUCAGCCUUCUCAGGCAGCUCCUCAACCUAAGGGCAAUGCUUUGGAAGACGACUUGCUCGGUUUGUCAAUGGGUGAUUCUGCCUAUGGUUCUGGAGGUGCCUUGACCCUUGGCUCUCCUAACAAUGGUCUGGCCGGUCUUGCUGGCCCCUCGAGCUCACAACCGACUCCUGCACCCGCACCUACUGCUAUUCCUCCUCCCGCUCAACCUCAAGCAGCCAAAGCAAACUACGAUCCCUUUGGCAUGAUUUCUUCUCCUGCACCUGCAUCAAAUGCUUUCCACCCACCCCAACAACAACAGAAAGCAGCAGAUCCAUUCGCUGCUCUGUCCGGCAAUUCGCGUACCGCAUCACCCUUCCAAUUCCAGCAAUCUGUCAAGCCUCCAGCAUCACCUGCAGUCCCGCAAUCAGCCGCGUCAUUAUUGGGUGGUGAUGACGAGUGGACUUUCUCGUCUUCUCUCCCUGCGCAGCCACAGCAACCUCAAUCCAACACUGUGACUGUCAUCGACUCGAGCGUGAGAGCCAUCUUCAAUAUCUCGAGACCAGCAGGUGCAAACGACUAUCUUGCCAUUGACGCCAGGAUAUCCAACAAGACUCCUCAACCCAUCAGCGAUUUUACCCUUCAACUUGCAGUAACAAAGGCAUUCUCUCUGCAACUCCAACCACAAUCCGGCCGCAACCUAUCUCCGAACCAGGUCGACGGUAUCAAGCAAGCCAUUCGCUUGCAAGGCGUUGCCCCUGGUAAAGGAAGUGCAGUUCGUAUGCGUUGGCGUGCCAGCUACGUUAUUGGCGGUCAACCGCGCGAGGAGAGCGGUGAAGUUAGCAAUUUGGGUGUGCUUUAG